UUUUUAUAGGAGGAUGGAUGAUGAUUUGAGUGAAAAAGAAAUUAAAAAAAGAAAAAAAGAAAAAAAGAAAAAUUGGUGUUGUUAAAGGCAUAGAGUAUAAUAGUAAGCACCCAGGCAGCAUAUCCGACGAUAGAGGCCGGCCAAGGUCGGCUUUGAAUACAAUUACAAUUGGCAAAGUUUAAAACACAGAUACGUCGGUUUAAAAGAGGAAAGUUUUGUGUACCAAUCAGAUGCUGACCUGACGCAAAAACCGAAGCCAUGGGAUCAUCUUUCAGUUGCUGUGAUUCUGAGAAAGUAGACCAGCAAGGGUUGGGUGGAGGCAACAGUUCAUGGAGGAUGUAUACGUACAAGGAGUUGCAUGCGGCCACCAAUGGUUUCCAUGACGACAACAAGCUGGGAGAAGGAGGAUUUGGAAGUGUUUAUUGGGGAAAGACCAGCGAUGGCCUUCAGAUAGCGGUGAAGAAGUUGAAAGCGAUGAAUUAUAAGGCGGAAAUGGAGUUUGCAGUGGAAGUGGAAGUGCUGGCGAGGCUGAGGCACAAGAAUUUGUUAGGAUUGAGGGGUUACUGUGUGGGAACUGAUCAAAGGCUUAUUGUUUAUGAUUACAUGCCAAAUCUCAGCUUGUUGUCUCAUCUUCAUGGCCACUUUGCUUCUGAAGCUCUCUUGGAUUGGAAAAGAAGAAUCAAAAUUGCUCUUGGAUCUGCUGAAGGCAUUUUGUAUUUGCACCAAGAAGUAAGACCCCACAUAAUUCACAGAGAUAUAAAAGCAAGCAAUGUGCUACUAGACUCAGAUUUUGAGCCAUUGGUAGCCGAUUUUGGAUUUGCAAAACUAAUACCCGAGGGUGUCAGCCACAUGACAACUCGAGUCAAAGGGACCUUAGGUUAUCUGGCUCCUGAAUAUGCAAUGUGGGGCAAAGUAUCCGAGAGCUGUGACGUUUACAGCUAUGGUAUUCUUUUACUCGAGCUGAUGACAGGAAGGAAGCCAAUCGAAAGACUCCCUGGCGGAGCAAAGAGAACAAUAUCAGAAUGGGUUAACAUGACAAUAAACAAAGACAGAUUCAAAGACUUAGCUGAUAAGAAGCUGAAGGGACAGCUGAAUUGGAAAGAGUUCGAACAAGUAAUGCAUUUGGCAAUUAUGUGCGUGCAAACGGAGGCAGAGAAGCGGCCUACAAUAAAACAAGUGGUGGAAUGUUUGAAAGGGUUGAUGGCUGAUAAUGCUGGAAAUUGCAACAAAGUGCCCGUACUAAUGAGUAUUCCAAGUGUUAAACCAUAUGAAAUUAAUAAUAAUGAAGAUCAUCGCCAUCAGCUGGUUACCAAAGAAUUUCAUGGUGGAGAUGGAGAUGAUCAAGAGAGUUUUGAUUAUGGGGUUUUUAGUGCCAUUGAGGAGCAGAGGAUCAUAAGAGAUUAUCCUUACAAUAAUCAUAAACAACCUCCAAAUUUUCGGAGAAUGAAUGCUAAUCAAUAA